CGCCGGCGCGGGCGCGGGCGCGGGCGCGGCGGCGUCCGCCAAGGCCAGGGCCGCCGCCGCGGCGCUGCGGCCGGCGCCGUCCUUGCAGCAGCAGAUGAAGCAGCUGAUGGCGGCGGAGGCCUCCCUGACAACCUCCUCCUCCGCGGCGGGCUCUGGCGGCGGCAGCGGCGGUCAAGAUCACUCCGCGGCGGUCCAGAUCACGGCGCGCGAUCUGAUCGCCGUGCUGGAGCGGGACCCGCUGUACUGCAGGAGCGCUCAGCUGUUCAGGCUGCACGCAACAGGGGAGCUGCCCGGGAGGGAGGGCGCCGGCGGGGGGGACGGGCAGCGGUAGCGCGGCGCACUUGCGGCGGCGGCGGCAGCAGCGAACAUAGC